AUGAUGAACAUGUUCAGAGCGCUUAGACCCCAUCUCAAGGCUUUGCCACGCCGGGCCAUACAUGAUACCAGAAUUCUACCACAGUGGCCUGAGGAGCCGCUUGAUCUUCCUACCGAUCAAACGGGCGGAUUCUAUCCUGCGACUCUAGGAAACAAACUCAAGUCAAGAUAUACCAUUGUUCGGAAGCUUGGGUGGGGCCAACAAAGUGUUGCACUCCAUAUAUGGCAAUCACCGGCACUCCAACUUAGGGCAAUGUGA